AUUGUACCUGUCACAAACAGGAACAAAAAGAAUGUUCUUUUUGGUGUUGAUCUUCCUCAUCCUCUGUGCUUUCCUGUGGAAUUACAAAGAACAACUGCAGAUUGCAGACAUCACUGAGAAGUAUAUUUUCAUCACCGGAUGUGACACUGGAUUUGGAAACUUAGCAGCUAAAACUUUUGAUAAAAAGGGGUUUCGUGUAAUUGCUGCCUGUCUAACUGAAUCGGGAUCAACCGCUUUGAAAGCAGAAACUUCCGAGAGACUCCACACUGUGCUUCUGGAUGUAACCGACCCAGAGAAAGUCAAGAGCACCGCCCAGUGGGUGAAAAAUCAUGUUGGGGAAAAAGGUCUCUGGGGUCUGAUCAAUAAUGCCGGCAUUCUUGGUGUGCUGGCUCCCACCGACUGGCUGACCGUGGAGGACUACAGAGAACCCAUUGAAGUGAACCUGUUUGGACUCAUCAGUGUGACAUUAAAUAUGCUUCCUUUGGUCAAAAAAGCUCAAGGGAGGAUUGUCAAUGUCUCCAGCAUUGCAGGUCGUCUCGCAUUUGGUGGAGGGGGCUACACUCUAUCCAAAUACGCAGUGGAGGGCUUCAAUGACAGCUUAAGACGGGACAUGAAAGCUUUUGGUGUGCACGUCUCAUGCAUUGAACCAGGAUUGUUCAAAACACAUUUGUCAGAUCCAAUAAAGACAACUGAAAAGAAGUUUGCCAUUUGGAAACAUCUGUCUCCAGACAUCAGACAGCAGUAUGGAGAAGGAUACAUUGAAAAAUGUCUAGAAGGACUGAAGAGAGCUACAGCCUCUGUAAACGUGGACUUGUCCUUGGUGGUGGAGUGUAUGGACCAUGCUCUCACAAGUCUCUUCCCGAAGACUCGCUACACUGCUGGAAAAGAUGCCAAGACUUUUUGGAUCCCUCUGUCUCAUAUGCCAGCAAUGUUUCAAGACUUUUUAUUGUUGAAACAGAAAGUAGAGCUGGCUAAUCCCAAGGCAGUGUGACUCAGCUGGCCACAAAUACCCGCCCCAGGCCACGAGAGGCCACCUCCAAGGACACAACUUUCCAGCCCUUCGCAAUUCAUC